CUCGCCUCGCGGCUGGAGGGGCGCAGUCGUAGGGAGUCACAAAAAAUAGGGAAGCUCACGCACUCGCCUUGGCCACUUCCCCGUCUGAGGGAGGGCGCAUCGGCACGCGCGGCUCCCUGCCAGGAGGGAAAAGGUGUGUCCACGCCACCGCCACGGGCAGAGAGUGACACAGGCGAUUAGAAAACCCGGGAGGACGAGGAUAUAUAUCCUGACCUGACGCUGAGCUUCACCCAGGCGAAAGCCAGGCCUGGCAGCCUUCCCGGACGGACGAGAAGCCACAGGUGAAAAACGCAGCUGCAGGCUACAAAGUGCAGGGCCACAGACCCGAAGCCCCUGGGCCUCUGGACGUUGCUGGAAAUGAUGCUCACCUUGUACCUGUUGAUGAUGGGUGUCUCCGCCUUCACCAUUCAGCCUGAGGAACGCACGGUGGCUGCAGGGAGCUGCCAGGACCGCGGCAAGCAUUUUAAAACCAGUCUCAAGGUGGAAGGGGAGCCUGUGGUCCUGAGGUGCCCCCAGGCGCGGUACUGGCUGGGGGCCACUGCCAGUCCCCGCGGCACCGUGACCUGGCGCAAGAGCGGUUCUGCCGUGCCAGCCCCCGGGGAAGACGGGCGAGUGUGGGUCCAGGAUGGUGACCUCUGGAUCCUGCCCGCCCAGCGGGGCGACUCAGGCACCUACCUCUGCACUGUCAGAAAUGCCUCGUACUGUGACCAGAUGGCCCUGGACCUCAGGGUGCUAGAGAACACAGACGCUUCGCUGCCCGCUGUCUCCUACCCGCAGGUGCUCACCGUCGCGGCCUCGGGCUCCUUAGUCUGCCCUGAACUGAGUGAAUUCGCCAAGAACAAAACUGACCUGAAGAUUCAGUGGUACAAGGCACGGCCACACUGGGAGAGCCGGCCCCUGGCUAGGCGACGGCUUGACCCGCUGGACGAAGCCCUAACUGACCUCCUUUCUGCGUCCCUCGCAGGGAAAGAAGUGGAGACGGUGCCCGUGAUGCUGUCCCCGCACCAGACCAUCUCGGCGUCCCUGGGCUCGAGGCUGACCGUCCCGUGCAAGGUGUUCCUGGGAGGCGGCGCGCACUCGACCACCCUGCUGUGGUGGAUGGCCAACGCCACCAGCAUCGACGCCGCCUACCAGGCCGGCCGCGUGCGCGAGGGGCCGCGCCUGGAAUACUCAGAAAACGACGCGAACUACAUUGAAGUGCCCCUGAUUUUUGAUCCAGUCAUCAGAGAGGAUCUGACCACGGAUUUUAAAUGUGUUGUUCACAACACACUGAGUUUUCAGAUGCUGCAUACCACAGUCAAAGAAGUCUCUUCCUAUGUUUUCAUAACACACAGAGGCCAAGGAGUAGGACAUAAAGCAGCUGCAUCCAAGCAACGAUCUCCACACCUAAACUUCUCUUUUCACAGUUUGUUUUCUUUCCUUUGCGACUGUAUUGAAUCCUCACGACAUCCAUGCUCAUUGGGAAAGGGCAGAGCUAACCCGGCCUCGUCACGGUUGCGAGCUGAGGCCUACCCACGCGACAGCUCGCUGCAUACCGCCCAGUGGGGAGGCCGAGGCAGACCCUCGCUCUGCCGCUUCUCUCGGAUGAAGUGCUGCUCCCCUUUGCUGGUUUCCAUGACGCCACAGAGGUCACCCUCCAAUGCCCCUGGUCCUGGUGCCCGGGACACACAUUCUGAAACUCAGUGCACAUUUAUGGGAAGACCCACCUCCGUGGCUCUCUGCCCCCAAACCCGCACGCACUGUCCCAUCUGGUGAGAGAACGUUUGACCCUGACCUGACCUUUCUUC